CCUUUCUGAUGGAUUCAUGCUGCAGUUUACAGUACAGUAUACACAUGUGUGCUGUAUGAAGAGCUGAUAGACUAAAAGUAAUCAAUAAUAAAUUCAAAUCAUCAUUGUGAAAGACAAAGUGAAGAAAAACACACUGAGUCCAUUCUGAGGCUUCCCAUGUCAAAAUCUUUAAUGCAAUAUGUAAAUUUUAUUUUAUUAAACUAAGAAUACUGAGAAUGAAAGAGGAAGGAAGUUUGCUUUUGGUCUCAGAGCUGCAUGUUGUGUGAACCACUAAAAUACAAACCAGCACCAACCAACACCACCAGCCUGUUCACUCCAGCCUUCACUCUGGAAGAGAGAACUGACUUUUAUCUGUCUUCAUUAUUUUUUGAAAGGCUUGUAUUCCAAAUAAUUCAGCUGUUGAGGUCUCGCUCAUACAAAUGCUGUUACACCUCUUGAUUAGAAAGCUGAAGGAUUCAACAGCCAUGUUGCUGACAGAAGCUGGAUGUGUUUGUCUGGGUUUCAUCCUGCUCAUCUCAGGGGUUCAGGGACAAACAAGCAGCAUCUGUGCAUUAAAAGGUUCAUCAGUGGAUCUGACCUGCUCACCUCAACAUCCCACUUCACCCAUGAAAUGGUACACUGUACACCGGGAUGGAUAUGCAUAUGUUCUGAAUGAACUCGCUGCAGAUGGAAAUCGUGUAACGUACAACAUGUCUGAAGAGAAUCACCCAACUCUAACAAUCAAAGAUGUUAGAGAAAGUGAUCAAAACAGUUAUUGCUGCGGAGAGAAAACCCGGCCAUAUUCCUGCGGGUACGAUCGGAUUCAGCUGCAUGUUGCAGAGCUGCAGGUGAAGGUGAUUCCCACCAAAGAGGGACACACAGUAACACUGAUGUGUAGCACCAGCUGUCCUCUGACUGGAAACCCUGCAGCCUACAUGUGGUACAAGAACAGAGAGUUUCUCUAUCAGGACUGGUCUCCCUGGUACCAACAGCUGGUCAGCAGUGAGGAAGCAGUCAGAUACUCCUGUGCUAUCAAAGGCUACGAGGAUCUCAGAGCCCCUGAAGUCUCAGUGGAUUCUGUCACAUCAAGCUGCUUUAAGGUGACCUAUGCUGGAGGCACAAUGUGUUCUUCUCAGCAGACAUCAGUGGAUGAGCCCUGCUCCAUCACAUAUCCAACAGGUUACGUUUCCUCUAUCCUGAAUUAUACAGUCAGCCAGUGUAGAGAAGCCAGUACAGGAGAAAUAUGAUCUCUAAUGCUGGUU